CAGUGAACUCAGCAACGCAUGCGCAGUGACAAAAUAGAUCUCACUAGCGGAGCAGAAUGGGUGCAAUGGUUGUGAUGCUACGUUUAAAGACUCCAUAGAGGCUAACGCUAGUUAUCGUUCUGGUUCAGGUUCGAAAUGGGAAAAGGCUGUAAAGUUGUGGUGUGUGGCCAGGCAGCUGUUGGAAAAACUGCCAUACUGGAGCAGUUGCUGUACGGAAAUCACUGUGUGGGCUCUGAGUCCAGUGAGACCCAGGAGGAUGUGUACGUAGCCUCCGUGGAAACGGACCGCGGUGUGAAGGAACAGCUGAGGCUUUAUGACACCAAAGGCCUCCACGAUGGACAGGACCUCCCCAAACACUACUACUCGGUGGCGGACGGCUUCGUGCUCGUUUACAGCGUCGACAGCUUGGAGUCUUUCAAGAAGGUGGACGUCCUGAAGAAGGAAAUAGACAAGUCCAGAGAUAAGAAAGAGGUGACGGUGAUCGUGCUGGGGAACAAGACGGACCUGCGGGAGCGUCGCCAGGUGGACCAGGAGGCGGCGCAGCAUUGGGCGCGCGGCGAGAAGGUGAAGCUGUGGGAGGUGAGCGUCGCCGAGCGCAACUCGCUCAUCGAGCCCUUCACCCAGCUGACCAGCCGCCUCACGCAGCCCCAGAGCAAGUCGGCCUUCCCUCUGCCCGGGCGCAAGAGCAAAGGCACGCCGUCCAAUGACAUCUGAAGCCUGGACCGUUCCGGGCCAUUCCAAAUGAAUAAGAUUACAGAAUAAAUAACAUAAUUUUAGUUAGGGGACAAGUUCAACCUUUUGAGAAAAUAUGCUAUUUAUUUUCUUUCUCAGAGUUAGCGGAGGGGAAGUGAAGCCGUUACAUUCAGCUCUCUAAAGCCACCAGACUCCUUUUAACACAAUUGGUCAUUUUACCUUGCAAAAUACUGGAGUUGCUGGUCUUAUUACUGCAAGAAAUCCAACAUACCAAGAGAGAAGACAAGAAAUUGUUCAAACAUGUCACUUCCCCUUAUAUCACAAAUUGUCACUUUUACAUUUCUGUGUAUGUUUGGUUUAACACAUUAGACACAAUGUGUUAAUCAGUGAGCUUUAGGCUUGUGCUUAUGUGUUUCUUUUGGACCGAGCCAGGCCAGCUGUUUCUCUGCUUUCAGUCUUUAUGCUAAGCUAGGCUAACCCCAUUCUGACUGCAGCACUUUACCACACCAACAUGCUAUUGAUCUUCUUUAUCUCCGUCACAGAAAGAAAGCAGCUGAGCAUAUGUCCCAAUGUGUUUAUUAACACGAGGAUGCGGGAUGUAUUUCAUUACUCCAAACCAAGGCGUCAAACCUUAAACCAAGUCCACAUCUGGAACACCUCUGUUCUGUACAGUGUGGUCAACACUUAAGCGUAGAGUCAAUCUGUUUAAUUUUCAAAAAACAUAGCACUUUAUUACCAAAGAUUUGACACAACCCAUCACAUUUCUUUUACACUUUUGAAGGAUUCAUUUAGAUUUUGUUCAAGUCCAUCUUACUUUAAAACAUUAUGCCCAUAUGUACAUUGAAUCAUCGGUCGCUGUAAUCUUUCCCAAGAGAUCCCAAUCAAGAAAUCCACAGUCCACUUCUUUUGUCGAAUGCAGACUGCUGAAGCCUGAUAUUUGCUUUGAAUGCAAUUUUGCUUCAAAUACCUGGAUUUUGACCCCUAUUUAGGGCUGGGUGAUAUAUUGAUCUUAAACUUGAUAUCUUGUUAGAUUUUAGAUUUCCUAAUAUGGCAGAUGUAAUCCUUUCCUGGUUUUAAAGGCUGAAUUACAGUAAAGUGUUGUCAUUUUCUGAUCUUACCAGACGGGUCUAGCUGUAGUGCUGACUAUCGUUCAAAAGGUACCUGAAAUUAUAUAACGGUUUCGGAACGAUUUCUCCGGUUUCUUCACAUAGCCCAGGCCUACCUGCAUGUCUUAAUGACCAGUAUGGAUGUUUCCUGCAUCCUGUCCCUCUUUCAACGUACAGGCUGUGGCUUCACGCUCUUCUCAAGUAGCUCAUAAAUGCUGCUGUCAAACGGUAUUUCCACACGAGAAUCUUGUUAUUUGCAACCUUGUCUCAUAUUGCCAGACCUUCCUUCACAGCGCUGUGGAGGAGGUUCUGGCUAGUGCACAUAGCAUUUCUGGAUGGGAGAAAAACCUGCUCUGGUUUAUUGGCAUCUCUUUAAACUAAUCACAGUCCUCCUGGGCGGCGUUGCCUCUGUUAAAUAGUCCCAGAAAAGAUUGUCUGGAUUUACCCUGCAGAGACAUGAGGACCAGGUAAGCAUAGUCCUCAGAUUGGACAGAUAGUCUAGCUAGCUGUCUGGAUUUACCCUGCAGAGACCUGAGGACCAGGUAACCAUAGUCCUCAGAUUGGACAGAUAGUCUAGCUAGCAGUCUGGAUUUACCCUGCAGAGAUCUGAGGACCAGGUAACCAUAGUCCUCAGAAAUCAAAUAGUGGUUAGACCGCCAACACAGAGACAGAGGACUGGGACGGAUCGAAAUGGACAUCUGACCAAAUUUCCGGCGGCACAUGAACAAUCGCAGAAGAAGAACGUCGUGGAUAUAGACUAUUUCCCACCUGAUGUUAAUGCAUCAUGAAUACUUGUCUAUUGGCAGGACUCAGCUAUUUUUUGUUCAGUCCACCUCAUAUAUUACGAAUGGCCUGGUAGCAAAUAUAGUCUUGGCUGCACACAGGGUUCAAAAUAAGCACCAUUUACCAGUCAAAUGCUGGAAAAAUAUGCUAUUGGUCGGUAGUUUUGCUUCACCAGUCACAAAUAAUUAUAGUCCAUUGAAAGGCUGGUAAAAAUUGAACAUUUACUAGCCAUUUGGCUGGCGGAUGAAAACCCUGGUCCUGCUUUUCCUGAAGUUGUAAGAGUUCAUGACUGUCUGGUGUUAGUUGCACUCCUGUGUCAUCCAGCCUGUAUAAUCCAAUAGGGCUACUAGUUAAAACGUAAGGAAGUCUAACAGUAGAAAUGUCAGUGCUGAGGAAAUAUUUAUUUUUGAACUAAUUUAUUUUUGUCACUUUAAUGAGCCACAUUCCUUGUCUAUUGGAAGUAGCCUGCCCUGUUUUCUGUGCCCUUAAUGUCUCAUAGUAGUAACAUUUAAUGUGCGGCUACUAAAACAGUGAGAUUCUGAAAUCCUGCAAACUAAAUUAUUCUGUUCUAGAACUAGCUCUAUAAGUCUUAAGAUGCACUAAAUAAAGUGUAGCUUCUUCAUA